UUUUGAAAACACGGUACACCUACCGCCGGGCGCCAGUCGUUCAGUUUCUUUGAGAGAGUUCCGAGAGUUCUGUGACCGAACUUUUAUUUCGCCUCCUGUUCUUGAGCUCAUUUCAGCUUAGGAUCGAUAAUGGCUCGUCGACCUGAAUAUCAAGCUCCGCCGGAAAUUUUCUACAAUGAAAGUGAAGCUAAGAAAUAUUCACAAAAUUCUCGAAUCAUUGGAAUUCAAAGCGAAAUGUCGGAGCGAGCUCUAGAACUCCUCGCUCUUCCUGAAGACGCCGAGGGGCUCUUCCUCUUAGACAUUGGCUGCGGCUCUGGCCUCAGUGGAGAAUCCAUCUCGGAACAGGGACAUCAUUGGAUCGGAAUGGAUAUCAGCGCAGCAAUGCUGGAAGUUGCCAUAGAUCGAGAAGUUCGCGGCGACCUGAUAAUGGCCGACAUGGGUGAUGGAGUGCCUUUCAGAGCAGGAACUUUCGAUGGCGCCAUCUCGAUCUCAGCUCUGCAAUGGCUAUGCAAUGUAGACAAGUCGUACCACCAUCCAGUGAAACGACUCGCGAAAUUCUUCAGCGGCCUGUAUGCUGCGUUGUCGAGGGGAUCGAGGGCUGUUUUCCAGUUUUACCCAGAGUCCGGAGACCAGGUGGAUCUGAUCACGCAGCAGGCAAUGAAAGCCGGCUUCACAGGUGGGCUCGUCAUCGACUAUCCAAACAGUGCGAAGGCUAAGAAGAUGUUCCUCGUUCUAUUCACCGGGGGUCAGCAGAGAUUGCCCUCGGCGCUGGGGACGGAAAAUGAAGUGAAUCACGCACAAUUCACCAAGCGGGAAAAGGUUAGAACUCGAAAUUCGAAAAAUGUCAAGUCUCGAGUCGAGUGGAUCAAGGAGAAGAAAGAGAGACGACGGAAGCAGGGGAAGGAAGCGAAGCCCGACACGAAGUACACGGGCAGACGGAGAGCUGGUCAUGGGUUUUGA